AACAACAAUUCACAUUAGAGAGAGAAAGAAAACGAAAAAUGUUUAAUUUUUAUUAUAAAUUUUGAUCGUCCUCUAAAAAUGGUCUGAAAUGUUCCCUCACACGUCUCCCUCCUCUUUCUCCCUAUCUUCUCCAAUAGAAAGAGAGAACCCGUUCACAAUCCCUCGCCGGCGAUAACAUUUCUCCGGCGAUGAGAAUAAACUUCUCUUCCUCAAUCCUUGCCGUAGUUUAAAAAAAAUUCUCAGUCCAAUGUCGCUAGACCGCACAUAGCUUUGAAAUCCCCUUUUCUUCUUCUUAUACCUCUCUCUCUCUCUCACUCUCUUUUGUUGCCGUCGAACGAUUCCGAUCAUCUCUCUUUCUCUCUGUUUCCUUUUCUCGAGCUCUUUCGUUUUCGUGUUCUGUUAUUAGUUAUAAGACGAUCGCUCAUAGUGAUUCUGCUCAGUGGCUAGGUUUUUUUUUGAAAUUGGUGAAAAAUCAACUGAUUGUUUCGAAUUUUUUGGAGCUUAAUCGUAACUUCGCCGUUUGAAAAAAAGAUGCUGGAUCUUAACCUCGACGCCGACUCUCCCGAGUCGACUCAGUACGGUGACUCAUACGCAGAUCGGCAGACAUCAGACGGGUCAGGGAAUCGGCUUGACGAGUCAGGGACGUCGACGUCGUCGGUAAUCAAUGCCGAUGGAGACGACGACUCUUGCUCGGCUCGCGCCUUCACUCUGAGCUUCGAUAUAUUAAAAGUCGGAAGCAGCAGCAGCGGCGGCGGCGGAGGAGAUGAAAGCACAGCGUCUAUCUCCGGCGUGACUAAGGAGUUUUUCCCGGUGGGUGGAGACUGUGGGCAUCUACGAGAUGUAGAAGGAUCGAGCUCUAGAAGCUGGAUCGAUCUCUCUUUCGACAGCUCGAGCCUCGGAGAGACGAAAUCGAUGGCUCCGGCGCCUGCUCCGGUACCAGCUCCGGUGAAAAAGAGUCGGAGAGGGCCCAGGUCAAGAAGCUCACAGUACAGAGGAGUCACCUUCUACAGAAGAACUGGUCGAUGGGAAUCGCAUAUUUGGGAUUGUGGGAAACAAGUCUAUUUAGGUGGUUUUGACACUGCACAUGCCGCAGCAAGAGCCUAUGAUCGAGCUGCUAUCAAAUUCAGAGGCGUUGAUGCUGAUAUCAACUUCACUCUCGGCGAUUACGAGGAAGACAUGAAACAGGUACAGAACCUGAGCAAGGAAGAGUUUGUGCACAUACUCCGUCGUCAAAGCACAGGUUUCUCUCGCGGGAGUUCCAAGUAUCGAGGCGUUACAUUACACAAAUGUGGGAGAUGGGAAGCAAGGAUGGGCCAGUUUCUUGGUAAAAAGUAUGUUUACCUUGGGCUGUUCGACAGCGAAGUAGAAGCUGCAAGGGCUUAUGACAAAGCUGCGAUCAACUCUAAUGGUAGAGAAGCAGUGACCAACUUCGAGCUGAACGAGACUAAUAAUGAAGGUGGUGGUCAUGACAAACUUGAUCUCAACUUGGGAAUCUCUCUUUCUCCCGGAAACACACCAAAGCAGAACGGGAGGAUCUUUCAUUACCCUUCUAAUACUUACGAAACGCAACGCGGAGUUAGCUUGACGGUAGCUUUCUCCAAUACCAAUCUCUCAUGA